UUGUUACACCAUUAUUGUUUUACAUACAUAACAUAACCAGAAAUAGCAUAUAUUUUGUGUUUUUCUUAUGUAACUUUUCUAUAUAAACCAAGUAAAACAACAUAUUUUUCCACUUACACUUACAAAAGAAAAAACAAACAGAGAAAAAAAAAAUGGAUUCGAGAAAUAAAAUUAACAACAGGCAAAAGGCAACAAGGACUCCAAGAGACCGCCAUGUGAAAAUUGGUGGCCGUGAUCGUCGCAUUCGGAUCCCGCCGAGUGUUGCUCCCCAAGUAUUUAAAUUGACUAAAGAACUCGGCUUCAAAACCGAUGGUGAAACAGUCGGUUGGCUCCUCCAAAAUGCCGAGCCCGCCAUUUUCGCCGCCACCGGCCACGGCGUCAACACCACCCCCAGUGAUGUCACCCAUGUUCAUAAUCAUACGAACCGUGGUUAUAACCACUUCACCAUUAAUAUUGGUGAUCAUAAUAACGUUUUCUCUUAUACAGGCGCAAAUAUUGGUCAUCAUGAGAUGGUCUUUCCGGGUGUUACAAUGACAGAAUAUGCCGCUUCAUCUACUCUUCCGGCGAGAGAUAAAGAAGGCGUGUCGAAUCAGAAUCAAGAGCAGCAGCAACAACAGCCACAACCACAGUUUGAGCUUGGUAAGGUGGAGAUGCCGGCGGAUGAGAAAACAUAUGUUUGGAGAGAGGAAUGAUUGACUCGUGACUUUUUAACAAAAAAAAAAAAUGAUUGACAGGUGACUUAGUUCGGUUGUUGGUUGCAUUUUUUUUUGGUUUCAAUAUGUUUAGUUUUUUUAUCAGUUUGGAGUCUUGAACUAGGUUCGGUUGUAAUUUGCAUUUUUUUGUUGUUGGUUGUAUUCUCAUGUUUUUCAGUUAAGAUGAAUUAUAAUAAUUAAAAUUAAA